UAGUUCCUUUUUCGAAAACAUAAAAAUAAUGGUGGGCGCUAUGCCUGUAAAUUUAAUACCAAAAUUUUGUAACGGCGCCAUGGACAGUCACAAUGGUUCCGAUGACAACGAAAUUCAAGUGUCGAUUGGUAGUAGGGUAAAAAGCAAUGACGAUUUUGGUACUGUGAAAUAUAUUGGUGAAGUCCAGGGAUAUAAAGGGAUUUGGUAUGGUGUUGAGUGGGAUAACGUUGAGCGCGGGAAACACGACGGAUGUGUUGAUGGUAUACAGUAUUUCAAAGCGACGACGCCUGGAGCGGGCUCUUUUAUACGACCUAAUAAAAUCUCCCCUAUGAAAACCUGUGCAGAGGCCAUACAGAUGUAUUACGGAGAUCGCGAGGAUGAAACAGUAGCUGCUCACCGCAGGACAGUCAUCAACGAAUGGAAGCGCGAAAUGGGCGCACCCUUCAUUGAAAUGGUUGGCUUUGAGAAGAUCCAUCAGAAACAAAAGUUCGAUCGCCUUCUAGAAGUGUGCGUGCACGACCAAAACGUGGCCAAGGCGGGUGACGUUUUCUCGCUCUGCCCCAAUGUAAGGAGUCUCGAUGUAUCGCAGAAUCUCUUCUCGAAUUGGCGGGAAGUGAUCACGUUGAGCGCUCAGCUGCCAGACUUGAGGGAAUUUGAUGUUAGUAAAAACCGCAUGGCUAUCGACAUGCCCACAGAAACUAUGAUCCAGCUCUCAAAAAACUUUGCUAAUUUGGAAAAACUCAACAUAUCUGUAUGUGAAUACGAAUGGUCCGAUCUCCUUGCUCUAUCUCACCUUUGGCCAAAUGUGAAUGAAAUCAUAGCCGCCUAUAACAGGAUUAAAAAAAUAAAGGCGCCAGAUGUCACUUUGAAUACACUAACAAUUUUGCGUUUGGAUGGCAACCCUAUCGAUUCUUGGUUCGAAAUUUUGAAUUUGGGUCACUUGAGAAAUUUGAAAGCUCUGAGUUUAAAUGACUGCUUUAUUGAGGAUAUCCGGUUUAACGACGACCCAGGAAAUGCGAAAGUCGAUGUUUUUGAAAAUUUGGAAGUUCUAUUUUUGAAUAGAAAUAGAAUUCGUGAUUGGCGGUCAGUGAGCGAAUUGGACAAACUAAAGAAUCUCAAGAAACUAUACUUCUUAAAGAAUCCAGUACAAACCACUGAGGACUACGACUCUGCAUCACAGCUCAUUAUUGCCAAAAUUGGCAAUUUACAGGAAUUAAAUGGAUCAACAAUAACACGAGAAUUACGCAGAGGCGCCGAAUAUGAUUACAUGAAACGGUAUGGAGCUGAAUGGAAAUUGGCACAGAAUGAUCUUAGCACAAAGAAAGCAUUUGAUUUGGAACACUGUAGAUUCCAAGAAUUGAUUGAUAAAUAUGGCAUUCCAGAUGACAGUCUUCUCGUAAAACAGCAAAAAACAGUAACACUCACAUCUCAGCUUUUAGAAAUAACACUACAAGAUGAAAACGGAAAAGUCAUUAAGAAAAAAUUUCCCUCGACAAUGGCAGUUCAAAAACUGGUAACACUAGCACAAAGGCUAUUCUCGAAAGGUUUUACUGGAUCACCUAAGUUAUAUAUUAUGGACGACCAAAUGCAAGGCGCUGAAAUACAACUUGACAAUGUAAUGAAAGAUUUAGCAUUCUUCUCAAUCAAAAAUGGCGACAAAAUUAUUGUCAGAUUCAGCUAAUGUGCAAUUUCGAUUUAUGGUACUAGCAACACUCAUUAUGGCUACAUUGUUUUUAUUGGCGCGUAAUUUAAUAUUUUAUUUCAAAGUUUAGCUUUGUAAAUAAACAGAAAUUGUACC